GUCGUGAAGAGACGGUGCAAGGAGCACAGCUUCGAGGAUCAGUCUUGGACGGUCUCGCGGGCUCAAGGGUCCAGCGAGUUGGUGCUUGUGUCCACUCGGCCGGCACAAAGCCUCCAUAGCUGGGGCCAAUCAAAGGAGUCGCAUUCGAGUGCACCGAGCCUAAAGUACACACACAAACGGCGCCAGCCACAGAUUGCGGACAGGCUGUAUGCUGAAGGGUGA